CACGCUCAGUCCCUCACUGGCUUCCUGUUGACAGUGAAGCUGGUGAAUGUCUAGAGAGAGACACUAUGUAGGAAGUGUUUCGGGAAAUGGAGUAAAACCAACCACAGGAAACCGCGUGGGACGACACGUAAACAACCGAGGGGACCCUCCGUGCGUGUGCUUGUUUUCUACAUGCGUGUGAGGACGGCAUGUCGCUGAGUUCGGGCGGGUGGACUCACACCCCCGGCUUCUCAGCGCCGGACCAGUCCGCCGCCCUCCCCGCUCAGCAUGGGGCCUCGCCGCCACAGCCCGGCUGCCACACCGUCCUCAUCUCGGUGCGGGUGUCGGUGUGCCACUCCGGCAUUCGGCCGCUGUGUCUCCCCGGAGCAGGCGACGAGUCACUCCGCCUGCAGCUCAGCAUGGACCCGGGGAAGUCCGGGGAAUUCCGCCUGUCGCUGCAAGACAGCAGCGAGACUGGCCGGAGUGUGACCGUUGCUGAGUUUGAUUUGAGAACCGUAAACUACGAAGUGAAGUCACCAAAGUGCCACGAGCUGCAUUUGACUGCGCCGCCACAUGACCGCAUCAGCUUCAACUUCCGCUGUGAGCAGGAGGCCAAUGAGUGGGCUACUGUUGUUCUGUCAUCACUGAGAGAAGCACAUAGAGCAGUUGCUCCUCAAGAUAAUGGCCCACAGCGCCCCCUGGAGGAUCUCCAACGUCACGACACAUUGGCCUUGCAACGCACAGGCUUGUCUGUGUUUCCCGUGCAUGUAUGCAUUUAUCCAUCUGUAGAGGAAACCUGCAUAGACCUGACCCGGGCCAUAGAAGCAGGUGACAUGCAGUCUGCCUCUCUCAUCGCUGUCACACUCGCACGGAAGCACAUUGCCCUCAAGAUCCAGCCCUUUGCCCAAGACUAUGAAGACUCUGAAAUCAAUUUGGCUGUUGUAGCUGAAGAUUCUUCCUCGUCCUGUUGUGUCACUGUGAAAGUUUUCCCUCAUAUGACAACUGCAGCACUGAAACAGCAGAUGUUUCUUGAGUACGGCUUCCACCCGCGGGUGCAGCGCUGGGUGAUCGGCCAGUGCUUGUGCAGCGACCAGCGCUCUCUCGCCUCGUACGGCGUUCGUCAGGACGGCGACACGGCUUUCCUGUACCUCCUGUCAGCCCGAUACGUCCACUUGACACACCAAGUCCUGCAGCAGGAUCAGGAGAGCGCCCUUCUCCUCACCCCUCCAUCACUGUCGCUGCCCACCCCGCCCCUCCCUCAUACCUCUACUAACGGCACCUCAUCUCAGGACCGGAGGCCGUACACUACCCUGCCCCCAAGACUCCAUACGAGCAGCAACACUGAAAGAGGAAACAUCAGUGAAAUCAAAGAUCUCAUCAACCUAGAGAUGCCUCAACUGAACGAAGCACUGAGCCCCUCCACAUCCACAUCUUCCACCAAGGGCUGGUCAUGCCCCUCUUGCACUUACAUUAACAAACCGACUCGGCCGGGCUGUGAGAUCUGCAGUACCAACCGGCCGGAGAACUACGUCAUCCCGGGGGGUUAUCGACCGGACCCCCUGGAACUCCGGCGCAUCCAGCAGGAGAAGGAGGCGAUCAGACAGUACCAGCAGGCGAGGGAACAGGAGCGCCGGGAGAAUUUCGCUCGGCUGAUGAUGAUUGACGACCAAGAUCUGGUGCCGAACCCGGAGUCUGUGGACUGUCGGAUCUGCUACGUGGACCUGCAGCCUGGACAGGGCGUCCUGCUGAGGGAGUGUCUUCACUGCUUCUGCAGAGACUGUUUACGCUCGGUCAUCAUGUUGAGUGAGGAGCCAGAGGUGUCCUGCCCCUACAGAGAUGAGACGUAUUCCUGCGCCUGCUCCCUGCAGGAGAGGGAGAUCAGAGCUUUGGUGCCAGCGGAGGAGUACGAGCGCUGGCUGCAGAGAGGCCUGUCAGUGGCAGAGUCUCGAUGUGAGGGCAGCUACCACUGUGCCACCGCCGACUGUCGGGGCUGGUGCGUGUACGAGGACACGGUCAAUGUCUUCCACUGCCCUGUCUGCGGGAAACACAACUGUCUGAUUUGUAAAGCAAUCCACGAGGGAAUGAACUGCAAACAAUACCAGGAUGAUCUCGCAGCCCGGGCUAUAAAUGACUCUGCUGCAAGGAGGACGACUCAUCUACUCAAGACUCUGGUGCAGUCAGGGGAGGCGAUGCACUGUCCCCAGUGUGGCAUCAUAGUGCAGAAGAGGGAUGGAUGUGAUUGGCUACGCUGCACUGUCUGUCACACUGAGAUAUGCUGGGUAACCAGAGGACCCCGCUGGGGACCGCAGGGUCCUGGAGACACCAGUGGAGGAUGUCGCUGCAAUGUCAACAAUCAGAAAUGUCAUCCGAAAUGUCAAAACUGCCACUGAGAAUCCCAGGACUGAUGCUCAGACUGAAGAAAGUAAUGAAAGACUGAAUCUGAAAUAAUCUCUAGAGAAGGUGCAUUUCAGGACACAACUGUGUUGACUGUUACAGGUUUGUUGUACUUUUUAUAACUGGAGAAACUCUCUGCACAUUUUUCACCAUCACUUACUGCCAAAUAAUUUGUGCCCUCAGCUCUGCAAUGUAAUCAGAACAGCCGGAGGAAUAAUAAUAAACAUGUUGACAUUUAGCUCUGCCUCUCACAAACAAGGAAACACAAUCUGUGUGAUUGCAACUAUUCCAUGUUUGGCUUAAAUUAAAAAUCAUCUCAUCUGACUGUAAUCAUGAUAAAUGUGGUCAGAACAAUGCAAAGAAUGAGUAUUAUAUUGUUUUCGCAUGUGGUGCCUUUUCAAAAUGAUUGCACUGCAGAGGUAGAGAUCCAGGUGUGUUUUUUUGUCUUGUUUUGGUAGCUUCUUACCAGGAUGCUUAAAACUGAAGUGACCUUAUUGUUGUGCACAACAGCUGUAGCAGGGUGUUCAUAGUGACAUUUUCUGGGAAAAGUUCUGAAAUCCUUUUUGUGUCUCUGAUGUGCAAUUUUCUGCAUUGAUAUAGAUCUAACAAAAGUAUAUUAUAGAUAGUAUAUUUUUUUGUGUCUGUGUGCGAUUUGUGUGUGUUUGCCUUGUCACCAAAGAAAUUGAAAAGGUCCGAUUCUGAUUUGCUGUUUAAGUGUCUGACCGAUAGAGUUUAAUGAAACUUCAAUGUUUGUCUUCCACUUCUGUGGAGGGGUUAGAGGUCACAGAGGCUGUUUUCAUGCGCUGCUGACCAGUUGAGUAUUGUAUCGUGACAUCAUCAAUAGAUGGAAGAUUCCCAUAUAUAAAUGGGAAUAGUCAGCUAAUAAUGGCAAUACUGGAAUAUGUUUCUGUCCGAGGAGGCACACGUUAACAUGUUUUGUCGAUAAGCUCAUGUUCCCCGUUAAGGAACUCAUAUAUAAUAGGGUGCAUGUGGUGAUACUCGUUGGCAUACUUAAAAGGUUUUAAUGGCAUGUGAAAAGUUUGUAGCCAUCCUGAUGUUUGGAAUAUUUUCUAAUUCAUGUAACCGUCCUCACAAAUGGCACUUUGUGUUCACUGGACAAAGCAUAAAAUGAACUCCAAACACAACAGUAUGCCCUCAACUACACUACUGCCCCGCACUGAGAAGCCAUGACGACUUCCUCACUGUUACUUGUGUUCACAGCACUGUGUUACUGAUGUACUACUGUGCCUUAAUGAUGAAUAAAUAACCUUAAAACUCA